UUGGAACUGUCUGCUGCUCACUGGUCUCUGGAUAUGAGGCAGGAGGGCUUGAGGACAGCUGUUGGGACACGGCCCAGAUGACCUGGUCCCAGCAGAACUGACCGUCAGGGAACAGGAUGCUGGCAGGUCAGCUCAAGGCUGGCACCCACCAGGGCACCCACCCAGAGGACCCAUGCCCGGGAGCUGGGGCUGUUAUGGAGAAGACAGCUGCGGCAGCUGAGGUCCCCACAGAGGACUGCAACGCCGGGGAGACGCCACCAUUACAGCAGCAGGUCAUCAGACUCCACCAAGAGCUCGGGAGACAGAAGACUCUGUGGGCUGAUGUUCAUGCAAAACUCCGGAGUCGUAUAGAUGCUUUGAGGAAGCAGAACGUGGAGCUCCAAGAAAAGCUGAGAUCUCUGCAGCUGCGGCAGUGGGAAGCCAGGCAGAAAUCUGCAGCGUCCCCACAUGCGGGGCAAGAAUCACGCGCUCCGGCAUUGGAACCCGCUUUUGGAAAUAUUUCACCUCCGUCGGCUGAUGAAGAGACAAUGCCCAAAUACGUUGGCCGCAAGAAUCAGAGUGCCACUCUCCUGGGACAAAGAUCGUCAUCUAACAAUUCAGCUCCUCCAAAGCCAAUGAGUUUAAAGAUAAGAAGAAUUAACUUGUGGAAAACAACACCACAGGAAAACAGAGCUAAAAGUCUUUCCGGGAGACGUCAAGGCAGAAGAGCAACACCCACUGGAAGGCCGACUCCCUGUGCAGAGAGACGGAGGGUGUCUGAAGAUGGAAAGGUGGCCUCGGACACCUGUGCCACUCUACACUGGCUGAAUGGAAAAUUCAGAUUCAGAGAAAGUUCCACUUAGGUCUAAUAAAAGUACUCAAUUUGUUAUUCAAAAUAGACCAAGUAAUUUAUUCAACUAAUAUGUUUCUAUAGAUAAAACCUUGAAUUUCUUCAGAAAUGUCUUUAAUACUAUAAAAGCAAACAACUUGAAUUGGGUUUUAAAAAUCAGUUGCUUUCCUGAGCUCUGUAGUUGGUAUAUUUCUGCAGAGUCUUUUGACCUACCCUGUAGUGCGGGGUGCAGGGCUGUUGGGUGAGCCCUGGCGUCUUGCUGGAAAUCGAGGAUGGCUGAAGAUGGCUUUGUGCUCCCAGCCUUUGGGCUCAAGGUAUUGCCCACUCCAGGGACCUUGUGACAAGGCAGGCCUGUGACUGUCGUUGCUCCAGGCUAUGCAUCCAUCUUCCUGAAGUCUGCAAGACUCGAGGGGCAGAAAAUCACCAGUACAGGCUUCCCAGGCCGCCAUGCUGCAGGAGCAGAUGGCAGCAGCCAGAGGAGCUGGUGAGCAGGGUCCGGGACUCCUGUUUCCAUGCUCCCAGUAAAAUGCGGGGCCUUCUUGUGGAUACUCGUGAGCAGAACAUCUUACUAUGGCAAGGACAUGUCCUUCAUGGAGCUGCCUAAUUUGUGGCCACUUUUUGUCUGAUUCUCUCAUUGGUUUCUUACCUGUGAGACUUGCCGACAUCCCCAGCCCUUCACCCCACACACAGCCCACAUGUCGGUCUCUAGGGGCCAUGACUGGAGAUUCCGAAUCCUAGCGGUCACUUCCCUCUGAGCAUCUGGGGGAAGGCGUCUGGCUGGGGCUGGGUGGACCUGGGUGCUUUGUUCCCCUUUCUCCAUUUGCCAGCCCACGGCGUUGCUGCCACCCUGAUGGAGUGCCCUCUCGUGUGGCACCUGCCUGGCUCCUUUCCCAAGCCCCAGUUCUGUCCAUGCAGCUGUGGGUGCUUCCUGCACUGGGGGUCCCGCCGGGAGGAGCCAAGAGUGGCCCUGGGGGAGUCAGGAAAGAAUUCCCUCUUCACCUCACUGCCAGAAAAUGACCAUAGCAGCUUCGCCACCCCUGCAGGAACCUAUCUCGGUAAAGAAAUGGAGCCUAUGUGGUGGCCGAGCCUCAGGUGUGGCCAAGCUUCGGGUGUGACCCUUAUGCACAGCACAGCCCAAGCCUGCGGAUACCAUUCGCCCUGGGCUGCCUGGCACCUGGACUUCUUCCCAUCCUUGGCCAAGGCCUGUGUGGCCCUUCAGGGCCGAACCCGACACUUGUCUUCCUCCUGAGUCCGCUCCCCCGGCCUCCUGCCCCCAAGCUGCUUCAUGGCCUCUGCAGGGAGCUUCGUAGAGGUGAGGCUGGUACCGUCUGUCUGCUUCAGACCACCGCAAGCUCUGCAUGCCCUCACAGUCCCCUCGGUGCUUCUCUGUGGGGUGGGGAAGCCCUUCCCAUGAGGUCUGCACUAGCCUGGCUGCCUUGUUCCCACCGGCCCCCCCUCCCCUUCAGGCCCCCAGACAAGAUCUCAGUUUACUUGCUGGUGCCGGGCAGAAUGGGGAACCUUGUCUCCCACCCACUUGCUAGCAUCUGCGCAACCUCCAGGCAUCAUCUCAGCUGACAGUGACGCCAUCCUGGGGAGGCUCCCCUGACCCCCGGCUCUCCUGGAAGCCUGUGGUGCUCCUUCACCCUUCAUAGGUCUCGUAAGCCAGUGUCACAAGGAUCCGGCUUUUCUCUCCUGUGUCUGCCUGCCGUGGGACUGUGGGCAGCUUCAGGGCCCAGAGAGUGCCUUUCCAUCCGUGAAUCUCCUGAUCCGUCAGAAUACUCGGAAGAGAGUGAUGCUCAAGAAACACCACGGAGUGUAUUCAGUAAAGAAUUAAUGCUCCUGACAGGA